ACUACCUCCCUAACUCAAUUCACACUCCUCCCUUCUCCUUUCCUUCUUCCUUCUUUCUUUCCCUCCUUCCUUCCCUUCUCCCUCUACUGUGCCGCCAGGGCUGGCUGUUGUGCCGCCCCUUGUGACUGCCGGCCAGUUUCACGGCACCUCCUGCAAGAUUCCCCAACCCCUGGCGUUUGAUCUCAACCCUCACCACAGCAGCUGCGCGGCGUUUUUUCCCAACCGGCAGCCACACCACAGUGAACAGCCGUCCACCCUUCCACCACCAGAAACCACUUCACUCCCUGCGGCCAGCAACUAGCUGCUGUGACAGCAGCAGCCCUGAGCCGUGACUCCAUCCACCACCACACUAACCACUCUUCUCUCCACCCCUUUCUCUUGUUCACCUGAGUUCCCAGUUCAUAAGAGGAAAGUAGAACCUUAGUUGGGUGACUUUUGUAACAUUUAAUCGUGCAGUGAUGCUUGCAGUUUUAUUUUAGAGUUCAGGAAUCAGAAAGCAAGGUUUUCCUAUCUAGAAGACAACCAUGCCGAAACAUUACAGACCUCCGGGCAAGAAAAAGGAAGGAAACGCCGCCAAGUAUGUUACUCGUUCCCAGGCCGUCAAGCAACUUCAAGUCACUCUUCCUCUCUUCAGGAAACUAUGCAUUUGGAAGGGUAUAUAUCCUCGAGACCCUAAGAAGAAAAUCAAAGGAAAUCAUCAAACUUACUAUCAUACAAAGGAUGUAGCUUUCAUCCUUCAUGAUCCCCUUCUGAAUAAACAUCGUGAAAUCAGAGCCCAUGAGAAGAAGAUUAGAAAAGCAAGGGCUAAGAAGAAUAUGCAGCGUGCUUUUCGUCUUGAACAAAACAAACCCACUUACAAUUUAGAUAGGCAAAUCAUUGAGAGGUACCCAAGGUUUAUUGAUGCACUAGGAGAUUUGGAUGAUGCUCUUACCAUGGUUCACCUCUUUGCUGCUUUGCCAACAUUACAGAAUGAACAAAUUGAUGUAAAGCAUAUCCAUAAUUCACGUAGGUUAAGUCAUGAAUGGCAAGCAUACAUUGCUUGUACUCACAAGCUGCGCAAAACUUUCGUUUCAGUGAAAGGGAUUUAUUAUCAGGCUGAGGUGCAGGGACAAAAAAUAGUUUGGGUAGUUCCCCAUUCACUACAACAAGUCGUGACUGCUGAUGUUGAUUUUAAAGUGAUGUUAACAUUUUUGGAAUUCUAUGAGACACUUCUUGCUUUUGUGAACUUCAAACUUUACCACUCCAUAGGUGUGAAGUAUCCACCAAUUUUGGAUCCUCGCUUGGAAUCAUUAGCAGCAGAUCUAUAUGCACUCUCAAGAUACAUUGCUACUAAACCCGAGCAACAAGAGAAACAAUUACAAGGAUAUCCAGAUGAAUCAGAGCUAACGCUGGGACAACUUCAUCAUCAGCUCGCAUCCAAUGAGCCUGGAGCCUUGAUGCAUCUUGUUGAAGAAGCCGAGAUAGAGGAUGAUGGAGAUGAAGAAACAAAGGAGUGCAAAUCUCUUUUUGAGAAUGCGACAUUCUUUUUGACUAGAGAGGUUCCAAGGGAGCCGUUGCUUUUUGUCAUCUCGGCCUUUGGUGGGAAGGUUUCUUGGGAGGGAGAUGGAGCUCCAUUUGGGGAGUCUGAUCCUAGCAUUACUCAUCAGAUUGUUGAUCGGCCAACUCAGAAUCACAUGUUCCUUUCUAGAGAAUAUAUUCAGCCACAAUGGGUCUUCGAUUCCGUAAAUGCUCGCAUAAUACUACCAACUGAGGAUUAUGUAGUGGGAAGGAUUCCUCCUCCACAUUUGUCUCCCUUUGUUGAUAAUGAGGCAGAAGGGUAUAUCCCUGAUUAUGCACAAAAGAUUAAGCAACUGCAGGCUGCUGCUAGGAAACAAGUACUGCCAGUGCCUGCUGUUGGAAAUGAAGAUCAGGAUGACAUUCUGGACCCACUAUUGGAAGGCAUUGCUGAUCGUGUGGAAGCAAACAAGGCAGCUGAAAGAAAGCAAAAGAUGUUGAGUCUUGAAAGACAAUAUCACGAAGAGUUGAAAAUGGAACUUGAAGGUGUCAGCCAUUCUGGUCCCAAGCAGCCGAGUACUAAUGAAAACGUAGAGUCUCGUGAUCAAGAGCGAACUGAUGUGAUUGAUGACGAAGCCGAGGACAUGUCAAAAUCUUUAAUGUCACGCAAGAAAAGAGGGCUUUAUGAGUCGAUGGUUAUUCAUAAUCAACGCAAGAAAGCUAAGAUUGAAAAGCUGGAGUCCAGAAAAAAAAAACUUGAAAAAAACCGAAAGUGAGCAACAAAUUGAAGGAAGAGAAAUUUUGCCUAGUAGUAAUUUUGGUAUUUGUAUCUCAGAUAUCCACUUUGCUUUUUAAUUAUAAUAACAGUUAAUUUGAAAGUAUUUUUACAAAGGUUUUUGGUUGUACUUUGUUGCAUGCCGUUCUUAAUUGUAUAACUUUAGAAC